AUGACCAACACAUUUAAUGUACUCUGUGAAAUGAAUGAUAAUGGAGGCGGCUGGACAGUAUUCCAGAGAAGAUUGAACGGCAAUGUUGGCUUUUACAGGAAUUGGAAUACUUACAAACUCGGAUUUGGAAAUUUGAAUGACGAAUUCUGGCUAGGUAAUACAUAUCUACAUCUAUUGACAAACCCAGGCAACUUUACCCUGAGAAUCGAAUUAGAGGAUUUUGAUGGAAAUCAUCGUUACGCUGAAUACACCUACUUCUCUAUCAGUGAUGAAAGUUCUGGAUUUAAACUGAAAUUCAAUGAUUAUACAGGAGAUGCGGGAGAUGCGCUUGCGUAUCAUAAUGGACAGAUGUUUUCGACUAAAGAUAGAAAUCAGAAGCAGUGUGCCUGGGUAUUUAAAGGUGCUUGGUGGUACAAAAGUUGUCUUGAUAGCAACCUGAAUGGUCAGUAUCUGAGUGGGACGCAUGCGUCAUUUGCUGAUGGUAUUAAUUGGAAACAAUGGAGAGGACUAUACUACUCAUAUAAGUCUACAAGAAUGAUGUUCCGUAGAGCAUAA